AUUUAUAUUUUUUAAAUUAAAAUAUGGCUUUGUCGCGUGCCAAGCCCGACCAGCUGCCCGCGGAUGCUGUGGUCAUCACAGAGGAUCAAGCUCUGCGUUAUCAGUGGAAAAUCAUAACAGCCUGGGACAAAAAAGGAGACGUCUGGUCACUGCGAUAUGCUCCAGGAAUUUUAAGCGCCAUGGCAGCUGCAACGGGUGCCUAUGUGAAUAAUCAUUAUCGCACACGGUUACGUCUUGGUGGCCAUGGACGUCUCUCCAGCUAUUUGCCCAUCGUUGCUGUGCCGGCGAUCUUCACAAUGCUGAGUCACAAAUUUUUCAUACAGCGCCCCAUCCUGAUAGAUCCUUUAUCCGAGUGCCCGGUGUGCAUCCAAGUUCGUAGUGCCGCUUUCCAAACGGCGUUGGGCGUAGUUUAUCCCACGAUAUUAGCACCAUUUGCUGCAUUUAUGUUUGCAACCAGAUGCUUCACAUAUCGUCUGCCAUCGAUAACGGAGAAUCCCAAGGAGGUGCUAAUGCUAUAUAGGAAAUUUACAAAACCUAUUGUACCUGCUCUAACUACCAUAAUAGCCAUACAGGCUUUUAUCGCAAUGUAUCUGACUGGCGAAGAAGAGAAGCAAAAUUUUAAAUUAAUGCUGCGUAUGAAGGAAAUCGAGCAUCAGGUUGAAGAAGAGAAUAUGCCGCAGCGGUUAGACUAUUAAUUGAAACGCAUUGUGUUGUACUCUAAUUAUGUGUAAAUACAUAUUGAACUUUAGAAUUUUUAACAUUGGCGCCUG